ACCUGUCUUCUGACGCACAGCAGGAAGUAGGGGAGUUGCGUCAAGCGGAUCUGCUGCGCCUACAGUCCCGUUUCUGGAUAACGCGCCAUGAAACAUGAGCUGAACUGUGUUUCCAGCAGGAUCAGAUCAUCAGGAGAAGAACAUUAUGUUGUUGUAUAAAUCAGGACGAGUCGCGGCGCAGAUCUUCCUUCUGAUGGUCCUGGUCUGGGACGGUUCAGGAGCCCAGGGGUUCACAGUUUCUCCUGAUCCAGGCUCCACCCUCAGCAUCAGCAGCAUCAGAGAUAAAAGCUGCAAAGUGUGCACAGGUUCAGGUCGUUCACAACAAUGUAACUCCUUCCUGGUGKUGACAGACAAAACUCCUGUCAGUGUGGAGUUUACAUGCUCCAGACCUCAGGAUGUGUUUACUGUAGAAACUGUGCGAGACAUAGUCUGCGGCAAAAGCUCCUGCAGCAAAAACAUCAUGCAGGACGGCUCCGGUCUGCAAAGCUUGUUGAGUUUUCACCGCAGGUUCACCUGGAACAUAACUGCUUCUUUACAAGAAGCCUUCAGAUUAGACUUGACCAAGACGGGCCUGAGACAGAUCGGUCCAUCAGAAACAUGUCCUGAUAAACACACCUUCACUCUCCGGGCUAAAGGAGAGGUUCUUGUAGGGAAAUACUGCAGGUCUGGUUCUAUCAGCAGGGCUCAGGUCCUGGGUCAGGGCAGCUUUUCUGUGGAUGUCCCUGCAGGACAGCAGCUGCAGAUUAACCAGAUUGAUGUCUCUGUGGGGGACAGGAUCUAUACUUUUGCCAAAAUCUCCCUCACGAUACCAAAAGGCCCCUCGACCUCUGAGCUGCUGUCACCAAACUACCCCAACAGUUUUCCUGAUGACGACGAGAUGCAGUGGGACUUCCAGGUUCCUCCUAACCACAAAGYWGCUGUAGAGUUUCUGAGCUUCACAGAGCCGCAGUGUUGGAAGAAGCAAACGGCGAUGGAGUACCGGAGAGGAGUCAGGUCAGCGUUGCGCCUGAGCCUGACUGAAGCCCAGCCGCAGCGGUUGCAGGGCAGCUUCUCCAUGAUCCUCAGCAACUGUGCGAUGGAUCCAAAAGGUCCUGGUCCUGGACUCUCCUUGAACUUCACAGUGUCUGUUUCGAGUUUAGAAGUGUUGUGUCAAGUGGACGCCAGCAGUGUGAAAGAYUUUUCUCUCCAUAUUAAUCAAGUGAGGAUGAACUCCGACUGCCAGAUGAAGAUGAACUCGGUGACGAUGAGGAACAUUACACUUACAAACAGCAGUGAACUGUUUUUCAAAAACUGUUUCCCCGAAGACAUUGAAGUUACAGCUAAACGUAUCAUAGAAUGUAAGGAUCUUAAAGACUGCCUGAAGACCAAAGUAGAUCUGUUGGCACCACAGCUGCCCACCUGCCUCCCAGCCCCUUUGACCAGCAUUGCCUGGACUCUCCGUCCCACUCAGCAUGGCACCGUAGCUGUGACCUCACCUUUAGCCCUGAGACAGGACCUACCUGAACAGAAGUGCAAUGACAGUGUCAUUAUCAACAUAGCUGAAGAAGAUGGUUUACCAAUUGGUGACUUCUGCCUUGAGGGAGCCAUAGAAAAAGUCCUCUUACACACCAAUGUGUCUUUUACUCUGAGGUCCACAACAAGGACUGAAGCACUAAGAACAAAUUUCAACCCCCUGUUAGAAGUAUCUUUUGAAGAGGAGAUAAUUGAAAGAUAUGUGUUCACCAUAUCUCUAUCAAACAGCACUCCCAUCUUCUUAGCCACCCCCGGUUGGCCGCAGGGCAUGAAGUCUUAUUCCACCAUCUCCUGGAUUGUUUCUGUUCCUUCAAAAAUGAACGCACACCUGAUUUUUCUCAACUGGAGCCAGCCCAAGUGCAGGAACGGCCACACCAACAUCAUGGUGCGGAGAGUUGGCAGGCUUGAGGAGGACUUCAGCCGCAAGGAGAUAGAGCCGGGAGGCAACAAGAUCACCAUCUCUGAAAACUUCUACCUCAACAUGUCCAACUGUAAACCUGAAAGUGGACACUUUUACGUACUGACCAAGAUCACACUGCAGAAGAGCUAUCAUCUGAUCAUCAUACUCUGCGUGGUGGCUGCUCUGCUCAUCAUUUUUAUCAUAAUACUGGUGGUGGUUUGCAUCAUGGUUAGGAAGAAGAAGGAGAAGCUCAACAAUGAAGUAGCCAUCUACAAUCCAGGCAACACCACCUUCCAACCAGAGAACAACGAUGAGUCUCAUGUGUACACAUCCAUYGACGAAACGCUUGUCUACUCACACCUGUUGAGAAAAGGACCAGAGAUUGGUGUCUAUGAAGACUAUGACACCUACAAGUCCUUCACCGGACACACUGACUCCCAAACACCACCAGUCUCCAAUGGUGGUGGAGAUGAAAACACGGAGGGUCCUCCUCGUCCACCUCGACUCUCGUCUCAACAAGGUCUUCCGCUUCCUGACAGGCAACCAAGUUACAUCCAGCCCCUGGAGGAUGAUAAGACUUAGCAAGCAGCCUCAAAGCAAAGAGGAACGUUCUUCAACUUCAUGGCUACAGCAGGARUCAGAGGAAGUAAACUGAGCCAAAAAACUGGAUUCAGCCUUCUGAYUUCCACUUUUUGAACUUUGUGCUUUUUAUCCUCUGGCAUCUGCGUGACUGAUUGCAGUUUUCUUUACAAUGAGUUUUUGUUUUACCAAGUCAGGCACAGAAAACAAUCUUGCUGAAACUGUAGCUGUUGUUGCAUUUUUGUUACAGGUAGUUUGCUUCCUUUCAGACAAAUCUGGAAGCUACAAUCAGAUAUCUUCCUUUUGUGUUUUGGACAUUUUAUAGGAGCUACUGCUUUCUGUUUGUAUUUGUCUGCCUCACACCGUUGAAAACAAGAGGAUGGUGAUUUUGAUGAUGAAUAAUUUAUGAACAUGAUGUUGAAGCAGAUUGAACCAGCAGUGUGUUAUAUUUGCUUUCUAUUGUUUGUCUCUUCUUUUGCACAAGCUGAGUACAUAAAAUAUUUUUGGAAGGUUUUAGCCUUUCAAAGAUACAUUCA